AUAACACCGCCGGGCAGAAAAUCUGUGCAACUUUCUUUUUUUUCUGGUAUUUUUCCUAUAUAUUCAUUGCAGAUUGCACUCUUAUGGUAUCACAGUUAUAAUUAACAAUGGUGGUUAGAACUUACAAUGAUGAACUCAAGUACCUGGAGAAGGUUGGAACAAAUGCAUGGAGGAUUAAGAAGGGCUUUGUUGAAAAUAUGAAUGUGGAGGGUCUGUUCUAUGUAAAUGACUUCCUUGAGAAGUUAAUGUUCGAUGAGCUGAAGCAGUCCUGCCGCAGUGGAGGUUAUGGGGGCUUCCUACCUGGCAUGAAACAGAUCGGCAAUGUGGCUGCCCUGCCUGGAAUCGUUGGGAAAUCAAUAGGGCUGCCUGAUGUACACAGUGGUUAUGGAUUUGCUAUAGGCAACAUGGCAGCAUUUGACAUGUCUAACCCAAAAUCUGUGGUGUCCCCCGGUGGCGUUGGUUUCGACAUAAACUGUGGAGUCCGACUUCUCCGCACCAACCUAACAGAGAAAGAUGUUCUCCCCGUGAAAGAGGAGCUUGCACAGAGCUUGUUUGACCAUAUUCCAGUCGGUGUUGGAACCAAGGGAAUCAUUCCUAUGACUGCAAAGGAUCUAGAAGAAUGCCUUGAGAUGGGUAUGGAUUGGUCACUGAGAGAAGGCUACAGCUGGGCUGAGGACAAGGAACACUGUGAAGAGUAUGGCAGAAUGUUGCAGGCCGACCCCUCCAAGGUCAGCCCCAGAGCAAAGAAGAGGGGACUACCCCAGCUUGGAACUCUUGGUGCUGGAAACCACUAUGCGGAAAUCCAGGUUGUUGACGAAAUAUUUAACGAGUAUGCUGCCAAGAAGAUGGGGAUCGAGUUUAAGGGUCAGGUGUGCAUUAUGAUACACUGUGGCAGUCGGGGACUCGGGCAUCAAGUAGCCACAGACUCGUUGGUUGUCAUGGAGAAGGUGAUGAAACGAGACAACAUCCUCACAAACGACCGUCAACUGGCGUGUGCUCGCAUCCACUCCCAAGAGGGUCAGGACUACCUGAAGGGCAUGGCGUCUGCGGCCAACUAUGCCUGGGUCAACAGGUCCAGCAUGACCUUCCUUGCCAGACAGGCAUUUGCCAAGAUGUUUAACACGACCCCUGACGACCUUGACAUGCACGUGAUCUACGACGUAUCCCACAACAUAGCGAAGGUUGAAGAGCACUAUCUGGAUGGGAAACAGCAAACGUUGCUCGUGCAUAGAAAGGGUUCCACACGUGCGUUCCCCCCACACCACCCUCUCAUACCUGUGGACUACCAGUUGACUGGCCAGCCCGUGCUGAUUGGUGGCACUAUGGGCACUUGCAGCUACGUUCUCACUGGCACUGAGCAGGGUAUGCAGGAGACUUUUGGAACCACCUGUCACGGAGCGGGCAGAGCGAUGUCACGAGCGAAGUCCCGUCGUAACCUUGACUAUAUGGAGGUACUGAACUCCCUGGAAGAAAAGGGAAUCAGUAUACGGGUUGCCUCACCAAAGCUCGUCAUGGAGGAGGCCCCAGAGUCAUACAAGAAUGUUACAGACGUGGUUGACACUUGUCACGCGGCCGGUAUCAGCAAGAAGGCGAUCAAGCUUCGGCCCAUAGCUGUCAUCAAGGGCUGAAGCAGGGACAUUAUGGUGCAAUAUGGACUGUGAUUUUAGGGAUCUGGGGUUGUGAUUCUCUGUUUAGUAUACUGGACUUCUGGCUAAUAACCAGUGAUAGUUCAUCUCUGUUCAGUAUACUGAACUUGGGUUAUUAGCCAGUAUUAGUUUAUCUCUGUUCAGUAUACUGUCCUUUGGCUAUUUACCAGUGAUAUCUCAUCUGUGUUCAGUAUACUGGAAAUUGGUUAAUAACCAGUGAAAGUUCAUCUCUGUUCAGUAAACUGGUCUUUGGUUAUUAACCAGUGAUAGUUCAUCUCUGUUCAGUAUACUGAACUACUGGCUAUUAACUAGUAAUAGACAGAAAGAUCAUGACAAAUUUGGUAUUACAUGUAUGUGGGUUUACGAUUAUGGGUACUUUACUUUUUAUGUAUGCUUUACUUAUAUGACCUUUAAAGAUUGUACAUGCAAUCAUGAUAAGAAUGAAGACUACAUGUGUAUACAUGGCCUCAUUUAAGCUGUCCGACUAUAGUUGGCAGUGUAUUGUGCACACAUAUACAGCCGUUGAUGAAACCCUUAUAUGCUUACAAGUAGCAUAUGCGUACAAAUAGCAUUAUAAAGAGUUGAGUUCAUGUACAUAUUGUUUUGUUUAUAUCUAUAGAAUUUCCCUUCUCAAAAAAAGUGUCUUAAAUAAUGCGCAUUUAAUAUGAAUUUAACUCAGAAUUAAAUGCAGCGGUAUUGGCAACUUGUUUUAAUCUUAAAUUGUUACCAAGUUAAUUUAAACUAGAAAAAAAUGCACUUUUUGUGUCUGUAGCACAUUUAUUUUGAACUCAAAUUGUAUUUGUUUUGGGCUUAAAGCGCAUUAGUGCACUUUUUCUGCGUUAAAAGCACAUUUUUCUGCAUUUUAAGUGCAUUUUGGUUAAAAAAGCGUUUUUUGAGAAAGGUUAUUUAUUCUCAUCCAUGUGGCCAGUUUGUUAUAUAACUAAAGGCCUUAAUAUCACAAAAAUCUCAUCUGACCUUACCUCAUAAAGCAUAGUAUGAUCUUGAUAUUUUACUUUUUAAAGCAACACAUUUUCUUAUUGAUUGUGUUGAUAAAAAACAUUUGUCAAUAUUUCAAGCAAAAAAAACAUAUUCAAGUAAUUGCUAAAAAAAAGUUCAAAUCGAUUAUUUUUCUGGUGUAGACUAUUUUUUGGAAUCUUGUCCAAAUGUUUCAAUUAGCAUAUUCGAUGAGAGAAUACACUUUUAAAAAGAGUAAAGACAUAUACGAUUUUGAAUAACCUUGGAUGUUUUGCAGUGAAAUGAGUUGGGAUUGAAAUUUGAAUCUUGACCAAAUGUUUUAAUUAUCAAAUAUGUUGAGAGAAUAAGCGUUUACAGAGAGUAAAGACAUAUACAAUUUUGAAAAACUUUGGAUGUUAUGUGGUUAAAUGAGACUGGAUUGAACUGAGAUUUGAUUGAAGUCUUUUUGUGAUAUUCGGGUCUGGUAUGCAUUUGGUUUUCUCUCAUAAAUCUGCAUGCAUAUUAUAAUAUUGUCGGAAAUGAAUUUAUUGACAUUUCUGCUGUUAAGACUGUUUACAAUUUAUUUGAAUAAACCAAGAAGUGCUUCCUA